AUGAAGGAAAAUGAAAUUGUGCCAGGAUUUACAUUGAAAGAUUUUGAGGAAAGAUUGAAUAAUUUAUUGAGUAUUAUGGAUGAUAAUUCUCUUUUCAUUUUGGGAUCUAAGAAGGAAUCCUAUAUGAGUCCAAAUGUAAAAUAUCCAUAUAGACAGGAUUCAAAUUUCUAUUAUUUAUGUGGAGUGAGUGAACCAGAGUGUUAUCUUGUUAUUAGAAAGAAUAAUGAAUCCUCACAGAUAAAGCAUGAAAUUACUCUCUAUGUAAGGGAGAAGAGUAAGAGAGAAUUCUUUCAUGGAGUUGUUAAUGGAGUGGAAUCUCUUCAGAAAUUAUUUGGUAAUUUAAUUGAAGUGAAACCUGUCAAGGGUUUUUUGAGAGAUUUACAAGGUCAUGUUAGAAAUUACAAUAUUAUUUAUCAUGACCCUGAUUUUGAUGAAGGAUUGAGUGAUUUUAUUGUAAAAUCUGGAGGUGGAAUUGAAGAAUUCAGAGGAGAAAAGCAAAGGAAGAAGGUUAUUUAUCCAGAUUCAUUGGUAUCCAUGUUGAGAUCUAGAAAGAGUGCCUCUGAAAUUGCUCAUAUUAAGAAAUGUGCCUCUAUUAGUGCUCAAGCAUUUACAGAAUUGAUGAAAAAGAUUAGACCUGGAAUGUCAGAAGCUCAUGUUGAAGCAAUUUUAGAAUUUGAAUGUAGAAUUAGAGGAGCUCAAAGAUUGGCCUAUCCUCCAGUGAUUGGUUCUGGUGACAGAGCUAACAUUAUUCACUAUUUAACCAAUAAUCAUUUGACUCAAGAUGGUGAUUUGAUUAGAAUUGAUGCAGCAGCUGAAUAUUAUGGAUAUAUGAAUGAUAUUACUAGAACAUUCCCAGUGAAUGGUAAAUUCACUGCUCCUCAAAGAAAGGUAUAUGAAGCUGUUUUAGACAUUCAAAAGAAGUGCAUUGAAUAUCUCAAGAAGCAUACUACAGAAACCAUCACUGUUCAUUCCUAUCAUGACUAUUCAUAUAGAUUAAUUAUUGAAUCACUGAGUCAACAUUUUAACAUUUCCAAGAGUAAGAAUGAAUUGUGUCAAUUGGCUGACUCUGUUGUCUAUCCACACAUGGUUGGUCAUCCAACAGGAAUGUGGAUUCAUGAAGAUAUUCCAACAAGGGAUGAUAAAUUGGGUCCAGGAAUGAUCAUUACUUGUGAACCUGGUAUUUACUUUUCCAAUCAAGUGAAGGAGUACAUUCCAAACUCUCUAUUGCAUGGUAUUGGUGUACAAAUAGAAGAUGAUAUUCUAUUAACGGAAGAUGGUAUAGAAGUUUUAAGUCAUGAAACUCCAAAGGAAGUGGAAGAAAUUGAAGAAAUUAUGGCAAGAGGAAGAGCACAACAUCCAAUGUAUUUUAGUUUUUAA